UCACACAACAAAGUAAAUACACACACAGGGCAGCUGCAGCAUGACUGCAAGAGAGCAAAGACACAAGAUAGGCUGCGAGGUGUGGACUGGUUCCAUGUGCGUCAGGGGAUACUAAAUAAAAAAACAGGUUCAUCAGGUAAACCGAAAUGGGAAAACUUGCCAUUGAGGUCCAGUUCACUAUUAUAGCGAGGUAAAUAUUUUCUCAAGUCAAUCCGAAGUUUGCCGACAUCUACCAGCGGGAGUACCUGAGAGGCUUUGUGGGGACACCAUGACAUCACCCAGGGGAACCUGGAUUUUCUCUUCCAUGCGUUCUAAGACCAGACCGUCGCAGGAUGAAGGGGAGAAUAAUUUCAGGAGGCGUUUAUUUUCCUCUUUCAGAGGUGAACGACAAAGAUCUAAAGGAGCAGAAGACGAUGGUACGACAGACAUAGAAAAGAGACGGGCUUUAUCAGAUGGAGGAAUUGAGACCAGCAAAGGUGUCUUCCUUCCAGGUGAAGAUCAAGACCAAGAGUUGGGAGCCAUGAAGAGGUUCAGUAGUAUGUUCUCAUCCUUCCGUGGGAAAAUCAGCAAAGACAGAGCUUCCAAGGAACCAGACCUACUUGUUAGCACAGAGCUUUCUCCCGUUGAAGAAAAGUCAAAAGAGCAGCGCUACGCCAGUGGGCAGUUUUUCUUCGAGUAUCUGGUGGUGGUUACUCCUAAACUGACAAAAGAGGGGACGUAUGAACCACAGAUCAUCUACCAGUUCCCUAAGAAGGAUGGAAUGGUCCGAUUUCAAAAGGAGGAGGAAGAGAAGACCUUAAAGGCUCUCAAACUCUUUUGCUUUCCAGAGGGUGUUAACUGGGCCCCUUUGACAGAAUAUUGCAGUGAAACAUUCUCUUUCGUGCUUACAGAUGUUGAUGGAAGCAGAAAGAACGGAUACUGUAGGAGGCUGCUGCCUUAUGGGAAGGGAGCUCGUCCACCUGAAGCAUACUGUAUCAUCAGUAAUGUAGCCUGCUUUGGACUUUUUUCCAAUAUCUUUGAUGAGGUGGAGAAGCGCAGAAAGAUCUCCAUGGCCAUGAUCUAUCCAUUUAUGCAGAGCCUAAGAGAGUCUGCUUUUCCUGCUCCCGGACACACCGUUAGCAUCAAGAGCUUCAUUCCAGAGAGAGGCACAGAGACCAUCAGUUUAACUCGUCCGACAGAUUCCUGGCUGGAGCACGUGGAUUUCCGCACAUUGUUCAAUUGCCUGUCGGAUGAGGAGGUGCUCCUGGUGUUUGCUGCUACUGUACUAGAGAGAAGAAUCAUCUUCAUCGCUGAGGAGCUUGGAACGUUAUCUCAGGUGAUCCACGCGGUGGCUGUUCUCUUGUAUCCCUUCAUCUGGCAGCACACGCUCAUAUCCAUCAUUCCGGAGAUCCUCAUCGAUGUCGUCAUGGCACCCACACCAUACCUGCUGGGUGUCCAGAAACGCCUGGCAGAUCAGGUCACUGACCAGACAGAGGUGCUUGUUGUUGACUUGUCAGAAGACAGAAAGGAGACAUUUAUCAAGUGUAUGGGAGAUGAGGACACAAUAUUACCUCACAAACUCAAAGAGGAAAUCAGACAGGCCCUCGGUGCCAAAAACGACAAAUCAAGUCUUGAGGAGUUGAACCAAGUGGUCCCAGAAGCUUUUUUGCCGUUCUUUAUCAAGACCGUCGGCCACUUCGCCAAGCACAUCGUGCGGAACGACAAGGACAAGCAGGGCGAGUUCCAGCCGAGGAAUUUCUGUAAAGCUAUAGAGUCUAAAAGCACACGUCGAUUUGUAAAGAAGUUCGUACAGACACAGAUGUUCGACCUCUUCAUUCAGGAGGUGGAGCAGAGACCCGCAUCACAGGACGGCACAGGGUUUUUUGAGAGAAAGAUCGCUGAAUACCAGAAAAAGAUGAGAGAGAGGGCAAAGAAACAUUAGCGGAAAGACUCGCCAAAUGUCUGAUUGUAAAUCUGCUGUGAAAUAAAUCAAGUAGUAUAAUUAUUUUAAAGACUGUAGAUAGAAUUACAUUUGACUAUUUUUUUAUUUAUGGUUUUCGUCUGUUAGUUUUACUGCUGUGACACUUGUGUUCAGGUCUUGACGGGUGUCGGGGGAUUUUUACUGUAAUAAGCUGCUGUAUUUAAUGUCUGUAAGACCUGUUUUAGCUAGAAGCUUUGGCUGUAGUUUUUGACCAUAAAAUUGCAGAAGCUGAGCCAGUGAAAACAUGCUAAAUAAAAAAGUUUUUUUUAAACG